AGUGGAUCAACAAUCAACAUGCGCGAUGUGCCUCAGCAUGGUCCAGGAUUCAGGAUGCUGUGCAUCGCUGGUGCGUGUCUGUUAUUUCUUUACAUUGCCUGGUCUGCAGGAUCGCAAAGGAACAAGUUCAGCAUCGUUAACGGGAGCCGAAACCCCAGGCUCAUAGACAAGUUCCGCACAGUUCAGUCAGAUCGAUGGAUAGUGGUAACAACCAUCUCCUACCCUACUCCGGACAUGGAGUUCCUGGCGAGCAUCCCCGGGUGGAGGGUUGUUGUCGUCGGAGACACCAAGACGCCGGCAGACUGGAGGAACCCAAACUGUGUGUUUUUAAGUUUAGAAGAUCAGCGUGGGCUGGGUUUUGCCACGGAGUCACUUCUGCCCGAGGAGAGUUAUGCCAGAAAGACGAUGGGGUAUCUGUUUGCAAUAGCCCAUGGCGCAAAGGUAAUUUAUGAAACUGAUGAUGACAAUCGUCCUCUGGAUCUGCUGAAAACUUUCAAACUCGAUCCAACGAUGUGGGGCAUCAUGUUCAGAGGGGAAAAACUCUUUAAUCCUUACCGCCAUUUUGGACAGCCGACAUUGUGGCCAAGAGGCUAUCCGCUUGGUUCUGUAGGAGAAAGACCAACAACAGAUUAUGAACUAAAUCACUGGAAAACGCCAUCCAUUCAGCAGGGUUUGGUCAACGGAGAUCCAGAUAUGGAUGCCAUUUUCAGGCUGACCCGGAAACAAACCCGUUCUCAGCUGAAUGUGACCUUUGAUGGAAGAGCUCCACCAUCAAUUGUUCCAGCUGGCGUGUUCGCUCCCUUUAAUUCCCAGAAUACCCUUUUCCUGUAUGAUGCAUUGUGGGCACUCCUAAUUCCAACAACCACGACAUUCCGAGUGUGUGAUAUCUGGAGGGGCUACUGGGCUCAGAGACUCUUGUGGGAGAUGGGAGGUAAUGUGGGGUUCUUCCCGCCUAAUGCUGUCCAGAAGAGGAACUCUCAUUCCUAUCUCAGUGAUGCCAAGGAGGAGAAGGAUCUCUAUUUCCAGACAGACCGCCUUGUUGAUUUCCUCACCAAAUGGAGAUGUGAGGAAGGUAGAACAUUGUUUGGUUGUAUGACUAAAUUAUCGACUGAUAUGGUACAUGAGAACUUCUGGGGGGGAAAGGAUGCAAGUCUGACUUCCCUUUGGAUCAAGGACCUAGUGGCACUUGGCUACCAGGAACCAAAAAGAAUUCCGUUUGGUUCUCUGAAGGACGCUGCGCAAUAUGUAACAGAGGAGAAAUUGCUAACACAAACUCGCACGACGGAUCAACGGGUCAAUGUGUCAUUCUGGGCAGCUGGACAACCCCCACCCCAGAUUUAUUCCCAAGCUACGCAGUCACCUGCGGCGGUGUCGCAUGCUGCUCAAAUAGCUUCCUAUUGUAGCAAUGAAUCGUUUAUUACAUCUAAACUGACAGAUAUCAUUACAUAUCCAAAUAUUUUGUUAAUUAUAGUGUUCAACUUUCCCCACUAUGAGAACCUCCAGUUUCUGGAGACAAUGUACAGCAUGCACUUCCCUCACAUUAUCUAUUGUGGAGCCAACAAAGACCAAUUUGACACUCACGCUAAGCUCCUCUCCAAGCCCGUGACCUUCAUGGAGGUCGACCACGCUAAUGGUUGGCUUGGUCAGCACUGUUUGAUAGAAGCCAUGAAAAUGCAGUUCCGUGUUGAUGGUUAUUUGUACAUGGGCGAUGACGUCUUGCUUAAUGUGUGGAACAUUCACACGUUACCAUUGAACAAACUCUGGGUUUAUCACGCAAGAGUUGUACGACAGUCGAGGAGGGAACGUGGACAUCGGGUAGACCAUCCCAAAGUAGGGUCGCCAGCGUACCAGGCUGCUCUUAAAGCUUUGAAACUUGUAGAUAUUGACAGAUAUAACAGUUUCACGGACAUGCUUUUCAACAAUUCAUGGAAGAGAGAUGGAUUUUUUAUUGGUUCCUCGGACAUUUGCUAUGUUCCUGAAAAAUACAAAGCUGACUAUCUCUACUACAUGGAACACUUCUCCAGGUUUGACUUAUAUAUUGAGCUGAUAUUUCCAACAGUUCCCCGUGGAAUAGAAAAGUCGGAGAAUCUUUACAUGAUGAAGGGAACCUACUUCCUUUAUGAACCGAUCAGGGAAAUACGGAAGUAUUUUAAUGAGAAUCACCUCUUUGUGCACACUGUCAAAAUAUCACGAUCAAUAUCUGUACCUGAAGGACGGACAUUUUUCUGUAAAAUUUUCUUUCCCCUAACUUUGAAAAAUUAGCCAUCCAAACACCCAUGCUGAAAACAUAAGAGUGAGUGAGUGAGUGAGUUGGGUUUAACGCCACUUUUAACAAUAUUCCAGUUAUAUCGCGGCGUGUCAGCUUAAUGUGGGAGGAAAGCCCGAAGUGAUGCAGGUCUCAGACGUUUACCACUUCGGGGAAACCCACGAGCACGGGUAUGGUGCUGACAAACCUAGAAACAUAAUCGAGGCGAACCGAGAUUCGAACCCACAAUCAUAGGUUUCAAAUUAAAAUGUACUUUAUGCUUCGUGUUCUCUUUCUAUCUGUCACAGUAAUCGCCUCUCUCAUCUCCCAGUACUCGCCCUUCUCUCAUUCACAUACUCGCCACUCUCUCCUCACCGUAUUAGGCUUCGCUCCUUCCCAUACACGCCUCUCUCUUCCACGUACUCGCUCUUCUCUCCUCCACAUACUCGCCUACCCCUUCUCCCAGUACUCGAAUCUCUCUCCUCCCCGUACUCGACCUUCUCUCUCCACAUACUCGCCUACCCCUCCUCCCAGUACUCGAAUCUCUCUCCUCCCCGCACUCGCCCUUCUCUCUCCACAUACUCGCCUACCCCUCCUCCCAGUACUCGAAUCUCUCUCCUCCCCGUACUCACCCUUCUCUCUCCACAUACUCGCCUACCCCUUCUCCCAGUACUCGAAUCUCUCUCCUCCCCGCACUCGCUCUUCUCUCCUCCCCGUACUCGCCUUUAUCUUCUCCCAGUACUCGAAUCUCUCUCCUCCCCGUACUCGCCCUUCUCUCCUCCACGUACUCGCCUACCCCUUCUCCCAGUACUCGAAUCUCUCUCCUCCCCGUACUCGCCCUUCUCUUCUCCACGUACUCGCCUACCCCUUCUCCCAGUACUCGAAUCUCUCUCCUCCCCGUACUCGCCCUUCUCUUCUCCACGUACUCGCCUACCCCUUCUCCCAGUACUCGAAUCUCUCUCCUCCCCGUACUCGCCCUUCUCUCCUCCACGUACUCGCCUACCCCUUCUCCCAGUACUCGAAUCUCUCUCCUCCCCGUACUCGCCCUUCUCUUCUCCACGUACUCGCCUACCCCUUCUCCCAGUACUCGAAUCUCUCUCCUCCCCGUACUCGCCCUUCUCUUCUCCACGUACUCGCCAACCCUUCCUCCCCGUACUCGCCCUUCUCUCCUCCACGUACUCGCCUAUCCCUUCUCCCAGUACUCGAAUCUCUCUCCUCCCCGUACUCACCUCUCUCUCCUCCCUGUACUCGCCUUUAUCUUCUCCCAGUACUCGCCCUUCUCUCUCCUCCCCGUACUCGCCCUUCUCUCCUCCACGUACUCGCCUACCCCUUCUCCCAGUACUCGAAUAUCUCUCCUCCCCGUACUCACCUCUCUCUUCUCCCUGUACUCGCCUAUCUCGGUGUGUUAUGCUUAUCUGUAUAAGAUAGUAUCAAAAUGAAAACCUAAAUAUAUAUAAAUGUUAGGCCCCUCGGUACAGUAAUGGACAGUAAAUGUAUGUCUGUAUGUUUGAUAUGAGCGAUUGAUGUAUCUCGGCAACGUUCCCCGUGUGCACAUUGUUACCUAUCUGGUAUGUAAUGUCUUCUCAGAUAGUAUAUAAAUAUUCUAUCUUCCAUGAUUUGUAAUACUUACUGUAUUGUCAUAGUAAUAUAUUUUGUAUCUGUGUAUUGAUGUAUUGAUGUAUUGAUAUAUUGUACGGAUACGCGUGAUGUAUUGUACAAAUACGUGCAGUACUAGAUGAUGUAAAGUUAGUGCUAUUUAUUUAAUGAAAGUGAUAUCUAUCUUCAAGAAAUUCAAAGCAUAAAUGUUACAGAUUGUGUAUAUUUAUUAGAUUUUGUGUUAUAAUUCCCUAUGUUGCUAUUUAAUUGUUUCAAGCUGACGUACGUAUAUGCGUACAUACAAUUCAUAAUAAACGUCAUCAGCCUCA